GGAAAUUUACAUACUUUAAAUAGAUUGAUAUAGAGAGUGCAGCUUGACAUUUCAGAAAAUUUCAUCGACUUAAAUUCAAGAAGAGAUGAAAAAUGGCUGACAAAUACUACCGCCUUGUUAGUUUCCUGUUAAAUAUAUGCCCAGAACCUCUCAGAAAACUGUUUUUACAAAAUGCCAAGUCUGAUACAAAACCUGGUAUACCAUACACUUCACUGGAUGCUUACCUUGCAUCUAGAAAACCAGAUGUAUUAUCAUUGAAGAGCAGACGUAAACUGAGAGAUGACCAGUAUGAUCUUCUAUAUCCCAAUUCUGGACCAGCCGAUGAGUCGCAGUGGGACAUUACCUUGUUAGCUGUUUUAAUUCUUGAACUACUUCGAUCAUACAUUCCGAACCAUGUCCAAUUUUUCAUCAGAGAUAUUCGAGAUGUGAGAAAUAGUCUACAACAUGUAUCGAAAACUUCAAGCAUUAGUGACUCAAUGUUUCAGAAGAACUGGGAUCGCUUGGAAAUAGCAACUUUAACUUUGGCUAAAGUUGUAAAUGGAACUAGUUAUGAGAAUAUUAUGAAAGAGAAGAUUGAAACAGCCAAGAUCUCAAACAUGCCAGACCUUGGUAACACUCUGUGCUUAUGGUUUAUGGAAAUCAAUACACAAAAUACGACUGAAAUGGCAGAAAUGAAAGUGAAAAUUAAAGAAAUAUCAGAAGACACUAAAGAAUCCAAAGCAAAGGCCAGCGAGAGUGCAAACAUUCUACAAAAUGCUUCCAUGGCUAAACCAGGACCAACAGGGAAACCAAAUAAAAGAAUGAAAAUAGUUGAUAAAAAAUUGAAGAAUAUGCAAGAUCAAUUUGAAAGAACAAUGAAUGCAGAAAUUCCAGACGACUUCAAUGCUCCAAAUGAGACAGACAGUAUUAAAGAAAAGUUACGAGACAAUCACCUGGCAAUUGUAGCUGGUCAGAACAACAGUCUGUAUGUAGCAGCUGCCCUCACAGCCGUCAAAGACAUGGGGUAUAAUGAGAAACGUUGUGUGGAGAUGCAGAGUUCUUCCGACUGGAGUCAUGUAGACCCAGAAGAUGUUGAAUUUGUUCUUUGCUGUGAUCCAUUUGGCAGAGAGGCAUAUAAUGAGGAGAAAGCAAAAGGUAUGGCAAACAUGUUUAGUAGUAUUCAACAGACAGUGAAAGAGGACAGGGAUGACAAGCUUGCUGUUCUAAUGACAUCAGAUAUUGGGGUAUUGAAUGAAUGUAAAGAGAGGUACUAUCACGACAUUCUGGAGGAAGUGGUCACAGUGUAUCACUCUACAAGUGCAUCUCAACCAGCUGAUCUUACAGUGGCCAGAUGUAACAAAAACAUUUGUCCUCCAUCUUCAGCGAUUUCACAGAAUCUUGCAGACCUAACAGGCCUUUUCCUGGAUCAUCACAGAAGACAAGUGCAUCAUGGUAUUUUGAAGGCCGCGAAAGACAAGUUCAAGGUUUAUAAAUCAGUGGUGUUGGUAGGACCGCCAGGAUGUGGUAAAACGUCACUUGCAAUAGCUCUUGCAGCAUCCCACCAACCAUCACAAGUUCUUCUUCUGGCACACCCUGAACAGGUUCAGCAUGUUGAUCAAAACAGAACACAUCUAGUUAUAAUUGAGGAUUUUGCCGGGAAAUAUGAAUAUAACAAGACAAACAUUUGUAAUUGGUACAAAACAUUUGACCUGCUGCAUGUCAUGAAAUCUGCUGGCAAACUCAACAUCAUUCUAACAUGUGACAAACAAAAGUUUAAAAAGUGCACUGAAAAAAUUGCCACUCAUCCCUUGCUGGAACAUACAGUGGAGCUUCGUCGUAAAAAUGUUCUAGUGAAACAAGAAAUAAGUAACACCAAAGUCAACUUAGCACAAACUGUUACUGUAGAAACUGUUUCCACCCAAAGUGAAAUCGACUAUCCUGGCAGGGAGAUUACUUUAAAUUCAAGUGCACCAAGAUUCACAUCUGUUGUCAGUAUGGAGGAGUGUAUCAGUCUGAGAAGUUUUGUUUAUGCUGCCAAUGUUUACUGUACAAGUAUGUGCUUGACCAAAGAUAAGUCUAUAUUUGUUGCAGUUAAAACCAGUGGCAUAUCUGAAUCUCCUUACUGGCUACUCUAUCAUGACAAGAACACUAAUAAAACAACCAAAUAUUUUGUGAAAGAUCAGAUUGACCGUAUUUGCUGUACUAAUACUGGUGAUGUUGUUGCUAGUAGUCAAAAGCAAUAUUACGAACAAAAUGGUUUUGUUAGUUCAUUAAUUUAUAUUUCAACUAUAAGUGUAAUGAGAAUCAUUGAUGGUUCACCUGUGGUAAUUACAACACUACAAGGUAUGGAAUAUGAGGACUGUGAAGCUGUGUCAUGUGAUGAUGAAGAUCAGAUUUAUACACUGUGGAGUGAUGGAACAAUAAACAUAUACAAUAUCAAUCUGGAACUUGUAGGAAAGUGCACAGAAUCAGAUUAUUCAGGUUAUUCUCUCAAUUCUGUUAUAAGCCCAAAAGGACAUGUAUUUACCUCUACUAUUUCAGAACUGCGUUAUGACAAUUUCCGAAGUAAUUUUAGCGUUGAAAGUAAGGUGAUAAACUUAGGGGACAUGUGUGUAGCCAGUGAGUACCCUUACACUGUAUUUGUGAAAGCGGAGAAAUCAAACAAACUUGUCCAGUAUAACACAAAAUGUCAGAGAAUAUCAGAGAUUCCUUUACCAACUGAUAUUUUUUAUAUGUCUAUAUCUGACAUGGCGUUUGAUGAAACAAGCUCAAGACUGAUAAUUUAUGACUAUCACUCUGCCAGAAUAUACAAUGUGUAUCUAAAAUAAACGGCAACAAUCUGUACAAAAUGACAAUACACUGUUACGGCUAUCAACAUAAUCUUGCUAGGGGUAAGCUUUCAGUAAAACAGUAACAGCAUCUGUUUUAUUAUCUUUUAAGUAACAAUAAAAUUCAGUGCACAAACUUCAGGAGAGGAAUAGUAUUGAUUUGCAAAACCAGUUAAAUCUUUGUUUUAUAUUUUAUGGUGUUGUUCCAGACUGUCAGAUAAAAUGAUUAAACUUACCACAUACAAAAAGAAAAUACACAUUUUAUGAUUUUACCAUAUAAAAUUCAAUUCAUAAGGACAGUUUUAUAAGAUUUUCAUUUUUUGUGACUGUUUGGCUGUUGCUGUUGAACACCUUUGACAGGGCCACUUUUUUCAGGAAUUUCCAAAACAUAUGAAUGUUUUGAUGCAAAUACAAUUGUAAGCACCUUAACAAAAGUUUAAAGAUAUUGAACAGACUGUUCAAAUGUUAUGGAAAUGAUAAAAAGUAUUUUUUGCAAAAGAUAAGAAAUGAAACUUCAUAUAUAUGUUAGUUACCUUUUGCCUGUCCUGGUUGUCAAGAUCUAAUAACAGAUUAUUAUGUUUAUAAAGAUAACUGUUUAUGCAUAUUAUUUCAAUAGCCAGGCUUUCAACUUGAACAGUGUAACAGUUACAAAUCACACGACCAAGGUGCACAUGUGAUAUCACAGUCAUUUCCUAGAUAUUACUUCAUAUUUGAGCAGGAACAUAGAUUCCAGUUUUUAAUGUAGAAAGAAGAUACAACAAAAUUAAUAACACACAUUUUCUAAAGGAAUUUUCUAGUUUACAAAUGUUCAAAGUAAUAUGCUUUUUUACGGUGGUUCUUCCCUGAACAGCUUUAACUUCAACUUUUUUCAUUCUUGGAACUGAUACAAUACAAUCUUAACAAAUGUCAGUGAUAUAUCAUUAAGAAUUUUAUUCAUAAUUUCAGACAGUAUGCCCCAUUAUAUGGCAGUGCUGUUUUAUAAAACAGCAUAUAUACAGACAAAGUUUUCACUUCUUGCCACCUUGCAUAUUUCCACCAUUAGUUUUUCAUUACUAUACACAUUCUAGUAAAAAUGCCAUAUUUUAUAAUGAUAUUGGGAGGCGCCAAAACUUGCCUAAAUCCUAUAUGCUCAUUUAAAGAUUUAUCAAACAGGGAGUGGUGUGUGUGUGUGUGGGGGGGGGGGGGGGGGGGGGGGGGGAGAGAGGGUGGUCUAGUGGAUAAGGUGUCGGCCGCUCAGUCCAGGGAUCGUGGGUUCAAGUUCCACUGGGGUUACGACAUGACUUCUCAUAUGACACCAGUACUGGUUUUCCAGGAAGCGGACUCGAGAGUGGUUCCAAUAACCUUGAAGCUUUCAUAACAGUCGAGCUAAACAAAUUAGUAUAAACUAAACAAAUCCUCUCUAUUUGGCACUUUUGUUUGAAAUGCUGAAAUUUAAAUAUUGUAUAAUACAGAUAAUUACCAAGCUUUUAUGUAAGUAAGAGUGUUUUAUGUAAAAAAAUAUAUUUUCUCACCAGGAAGCAAAAUUAAUAAUAAAUCUAGUGCUCUAAAACUAAACAAAGGACAGAUUACAAAUUCAAAUGCUUCAGUUUUAGUCUCUCUUUAAUAAAGUCUCAGUUUUAUACUUAUAUAAGCACUUAUUAGCAAAGUUAAUAAAAUAUCACAGUAUCAAAACACACGCCAACAUGCAAAAUUAUCAAUGUCAGAUUUAACAUUUGAGUAACUUGAUUUUUUUUUAAUUAAUUUUAUUUGUUACAUAGAAUUCCUUAAAUUAAAACAGGAAUGUUUUACUCAAUAAAUCUUAUCCUGGUGAAAAAUAUUUGUCUAUUUAGAAGCAUUGUAUAGUUUAAACUCUUGAACACAGAAGAUAGAUUGGGCAAUUUCUCCUCAAAUAAAAAUUGUUAUCCAGUUUUUCAUGGAAAAUAAAUGAAGAGUUUCAAAAAAUACGGAACAUUUACUUCCAAAAAGAUCUGACAUUAGGAAAGUCAGUAUUGAGAAUACUUUAAGCACCUGUAUUGGAGCAGCUGCAUCUGUAUUAAAGUCUAAUUGAAUUAACAUGAUUCGGGUUAUUAAUAAGUCUUUUGCAAACACAUACACUACUUGCAUCCAAACCGCAUAAGUCUAAAAAAAACCCACAAAAUUGGCAGUUCAGUGUUUGCUUCUUGUCUGAUGCUAUGUCAGAAUCAACAUGUGUUCAACCAAAGAGAUCUGAGAUGAGUUUAUCAGCUUGCAUUUUGUGGAUAUGUCCAAUUCCUACAGCCGGUAACACUAGUACAUCCCUUCCAACAUAAUGCAACUGAAAUAAAAACAACAGAUAAGCUCUUUAUUUUACUCGAAUAUCAACAUUGCAUAAUUGUUAUUUUUUUCAACUGACAUAGUGUUUAAGACUUAAAAGAAGAAAGUAUGCAUGCCACAUGCUAUUGUCAUUUUCAGUAACGUGAAACAAUUGAUUAUAAAUUGGAUAUAUGUGAGACUAUGUGUAUAUAUAUCACGUUUCGUAUAUUUUGUUUUGGAUACUAUGUGCUAUUUAGGUGUUUAGUUUCAAUGAAGUAAAUCAUGCUGUCAGUAAUGAUGUUAUAUGAAUAAGCAAUCAAAACAUUACUUUUGUAUAGUUAAAUGUAUAUUUUGCCUUAUUUUAAAAAUAAAUAGUAUUUUUAUUUGUUCAGUCAACAAUUAGUUAUUCAAAGAUAUACAGUAUGCAUUUCAAAUUUAUUAUUUUAUGAAAAUGGGAUACUUGGCUCAGAAAGUAAUCAAUGACUGGUUAUUUUUUAUCAACUUAUGUAAAUAGUUAAAUCUAUUAGAAGGCUGGUAUGCCUUGCAUAUAUUGCCAAUUGCUAAAUAACAAUUAUUAAAUGCUAAAAGUCAAUUACUUAAUGCUAAAAGUCAAUACUUUAUGCUAAAUUUUACAUACCAAAUGCUAUAGUUUUAAUUACUAUUCCUUUUAAUCUUUUACCAAUAUAUUUACAUGUAUGUAUAUGUAUGUAUGUGUUCUUUAUGUUUUUGUAAAGCACUUUUGAACGUACAUAUUUUGUAUGAAAAGAGUGCUAUAUGAGUGUGGUAUAAUAAUAAUACUACUAGUGUAUGCAUAAACCUAAUGCUACAUGCCUAAUGUUAAUGACAAAUAGUUUAUACUUAUUGCCAAAUGAGAAAUGCUAAUCAUUAAAUUCUUCAGUUUUUUAUCAGUUGCUGUUCGCAUCUCCUAAACUAAUGAAUGUAACUUUUAAUUAUUUAAAAACAUACACUGUUCUACCAGUCCAAUUUAUACCACAAAUUUGUCAUGCUAAAUGCCAAUAACCUAAAUAAAUGCUAAAUGCUGUGAAAAAUGCUCUAUGCUAUAUGCUUAAUGCUUAAUGCCAAAAUGCUUAAUGUCAAAUAGCUUAUACUUACUGCCAAAUGAUAACUGCUAGUCAUACAAUUCUCAUGAGUUAAUGACCUGCAUCUCUUAAACUAAUAAAUAACUUUUAAUUAUUUCAAAACCUAGUGUUCUACCAGUUUUAACUGAAGCAAUAACAUGUUGAACAUUUGGCCUCUUUACUCUACUUUAAAAUAUUCAAAAGUAAAACUUCUAAUAGAAACAAAGUUAUGUAACAAAAGCCAACAACUUUUAAAGGAUGCACUGGUAUAUUUAGUUCUUUGUUUAUUGUUAUUUAUGGUUUCAAACUUCAAAUUCAACAAUAAUAUUAAUAUCCUUUUUAAGGCUGAUAUUUACAUCAAGCAUUUGGCUUUAAGAAUUAAUAAUUUGUGAAAUAGCAUGGAUCGUUGGCUUUCCAUAUGUCUACUUACUGUCUAAUAUGUUAACUUGUAUUUAGAGUACUAUGCCAAGUAGAAGCUUUAAACAACUAAAGUUUAUUGUAAAUAUAUCAGGAAACAACUUUACAUUGGUAUAAUUGUUGAUUGUAAAUGGACAUGAAAACAGCUCUAAACAACUAAAGUUUAUUGUAUAUAUAUCAGGAAACAGCUUCACAUAUGUGUUGUUGAUUGUAAAUGGACAUGAAAACAGCUUUAAACAAAUAAAGCUUAUUGUAUAUAUAUCAGGAAACAGCUUCAAAUAUGUAUUGUUGAUUGUAAAUGGACAUGAAAACAGCUUUAAACUACUAAAGUUUAUUUAAAUAUAUCAGGAAACAUCUUUAAAUUGGUAUUGUUGAUUGUAAUUGUAUGUGGAAACAGCUUUAAAUAGCUAAACUUUAUUGUAUUGUAUCUGGAAACAGCUUUAAACACCUAAAGUUUAUUAUAAAUGUAUAAUGAAACAGCUUUGAAUAGCUUAAGUUUAUUUUGAAUUGUGUAGAAAAAGCUUUAAAUAGCUAAAGCUAUUGCAAAUAAAUGUGGACACUGCUGUUAACAUCUUAAGUUUACAGUUUUAAAGUGUAUUGUUUUUGUAUGUGGAUGUAAAUAAAAUACAAAGCAAUUCUA